AUUUAAUGUCUAUAUAAGUACGUAUAUUCCGAUUAUAAAUUUUAAUUGCAACGGUCAACAUGAAACAAAACCUAACAUUUGCUACUCUUUGGCCAGAUGAUAAUGAUUUCAUGUCAAUCGUUCAUCCACAUUGGCAUAAAUUUACUCAACCUGAUCCAUUGUAUUACUAUCUAGUAGGAAUUUAUAUUGGUAUUGUUGGUAUAUUAGCAGUAAUUGGAAAUUCUUUGGUAAUUACAUUAUUUCUUUUAUGUAAACAAUUACGAACACCACCAAAUAUGCUAAUAGUUAAUUUAGCUAUCUCUGAUUUUUCUUUUGCACUUAUCAAUGGUUUCCCACUAAAAACAAUCGCUUCAUUUAAUCAACGUUGGGGAUGGGGUAAAUUAGCUUGUGAGUUAUAUGGAUUUGCUGGUUCAAUAUUUGGAUUUAUCUCAUUAACAACAAUGGCUUUUAUUGCUUUGGAUAGAUAUUUAGUAAUUUCACAACCAUUUAAAACAUUUUCACGUAUCACUUAUGGAAAAGUUAUAGUUAUGAUUUUUAUCACAUGGAUAUGGUCAGCAUUAUGGUCAAUUCCACCAUUUUUCGGUUAUGGAAGUUAUAUACCUGAAGGUUUUCAUACAUCUUGUACUUUUGAUUACUUAUCAACUGACAUACGGAACUUAAUAUUUAAUGCAGGAUUAUACAUAUUGGGAUUUCUUUGUCCUGUAUUUAUUAUAAUCUUCAGUUACUAUCAAAUUGUUAAAACAGUUCGACUCAAUGAAUUAGAAUUAAUGAAAAUGGCACAAUCAUUAAAUGCACAAAAUCCAUCGGCUAUGAAAACAGGUGAUAAGAAGGCAGAUAUUGAAGCUGCGAAAACGUCUAUUAUUCUUGUUCUUCUCUAUUUAAUGUCAUGGUCUCCUUAUGCCAUUGUGUGCUUAAUGACACUGGUUGGAAGUAGAGAUUCGUUAACUCCAUUUCACUCUGAGCUCCCUGUGUUAUUUGCAAAAACAUCUGCUGUAUACAAUCCUAUUGUAUAUGCAGUCAAACAUCCUAAAUUUCGUUCAGAAAUCGAGAAACGUUUUCCAUUUCUUAUUUGUUGUUGCCCACCUAAACCAAAGGAGCGAUUACAAAAUACAAUAGUAUCAAAAAUCCAGGUUUCACAGAUUGGAAUUGGUACUGCCAGUCGGAGUAAUGAAAAUACACUGAACACAGUAAAACAAGAAAAUUAACAAACGUUAAAAAUUUGUCACAGCCACAUUAAAAUGAAUCUAUGAAAACUGGCUUAAGGCAUAAAAUAAUGAUUAGAAUAAGGAAAACCAUAGUAUCUCAUUAUGUUACAAGUUAUUAUUAAAAGAUGAAUAAUUUUUUAUCUGAUAUUAUCAUUUCUGUUUAGUAUUUAAUUCAUUAACUAAUAGCAGUGACCAUUUUAUUUUAUCUCUUUACAUUAAUCUACGUUUUAACAUUGAUUUA